CUUGAAUUUUGGAAUAUUUGUCCAAACACAUUUAAUAUGCAUUCACAAAUAUUAUAAAUUCAGGAAAAUAAAUACUUUUGAAACCCAUAAAUAAAUUUAAAUAGAGGCAUUGUCACUCUAUAACAAAUACAUAUUUAUUUGAAGGAACCUAAAAAUUGUUUAAUUCAAUACAUAUUAUUCGGUGAUAGCAAAAACAAAAAAAAAUAACCCCCCACUCGCGUAUCCUUAACACCGAUUUACAUGACAGUGAAUACAGCGUUAGCAGCGUAUUGGUGGUGUGAUAUUUUCCGGGUUCGUCUAUUUUCUUUAUUCGAUAAUUUCCAUAAUAAAUGCUCUCGCGCAAUCCUGUCGGUGGCGCUUGCGUCCUUAAUCUGUUGUCCACUAUUCCGCGAUGUAGAAUCCCCAGUCGGUGCAAAAGCAGUCCGUAUGUCGUUUAUUUUUUUUUAAGAUGUAGAGAAACAGACAACUCCAUCGCCGACGAUAUGGGCAGGAGAAAUAAGUGCAAACCGCGAAUAAUUCCGCAACAGGACAGGCGGAUAUGCGGUUGCAUUUGUUUUUGUCAAUUGAUCGUGGUUUUCAGUUGUGUUUCGCUCAUAUAUUUGACGGUGGCGAUAUACAUACCCUCAUACAGGGCGUUCAAGAGCGGUUUCGAGGAGAAACCGUUAAUGUGCCAAACGGUGAACACCAGUAUGAUAAACAAUUGUAGUUGGGCAUCAUGCGGGGAAUGGUGUUUGACGAGAACUUCCGGAUUCUGCCCUCAAAUUCAUGCGACCACGAGGCAGAACGGUACAAGAGUAACGUUGCUAAAUUGCACCGCAUUUAACACGUCCAUUUGCCCGCCGAUAGAUAAAAACUCGUUGAGAAGGUAUAAUUGCAACAACGGAUCGGAAUGUGCGGUACUAAAGGGAGUCUUUAACUGCUCGUUAGGGCACUGCUAUAAUCUAUCCCAAAUAUUUGAUUUCGAAGAUUGCCAUUACAAAGCGGACGGUUUCACGGUGGACAGCGAUAAGGACAACGUUAAACUGAAUGGUUAUUUCGAGUGUAAAGGUUCGAAGUGCACUAAAAUCAAAAAGGUGUUCACGUGCGAUCGAAUUUGUAAAGAAAACAUCAUUUCGGAAAUGAGAAACGUUUUCAUCGGAGUGGGGGAUAUUUUUCAUCAAGCGUAUUGCGAUUCGGCCGUCGCACACACAAAAGCAAACGGGAAUCAGGAGGGAUCGGACAUAGAACCCACCCAGUUCUGGACCAAACAACCCGAUGAAGUGAUGAUGGUUUCAUGUCACGUCGUCGAUUAUGACGAAACAAACAAUACAAUCCGGGCUACCGACUGCAUCAACGGGACCAUAUACAGUAGUGAUUCGAUACCGAGACCGUACGCGACUUUCAGGCAAUUUUGGAAUUUAUCGGAAAAGUACAGCCACGUGGUGGAUCCCACUUUCCAGUUCGUUCCUCCUCAAAGUUCUUUGACGAUUUACAAUCACUCGAGACUCUACAUCAACUUGGACGGAUGUGUCAAUACCUUACGGGGUGAAUGUUACGAUUUUUUGCUCUCCCACGGGAGAGACGGCAAAAAUCAAACCGCACCCAGCAGAUACCCAUGCUUUUAUAAUAAGAACAAUUCCUUCAUGGUGAUAUCGCGUUACAAUUUAAACAGAACGUGGAGAGAUUUAAUAAUCGCUGUUAGUAUACCGUCGAUACUAUUCGUCGUCUCUUUCGUGACUUUGUGCGCCAUAAUGCAAUCCGUCAGAGUAGACGACGACGCUAAAAUGAGAUGCAAGUACUGUUUCGGUUCCCACAACAAUAAUACCGAUUUGACCGAAAUGAUUGACAAAUACGAAGUGUCGUCUCCCGAAUCUGACGGACCUUCUUAUGGCAGAAGGAAUCGGGAGAUCACUUAACGUUUUCCCAAGUUACGCCGUAAUUAACUUCCAGUUUUCUAAGUCCGCGUUUGAACCGAAUUAUAUACCUACUCGCUCAAAAAUUAGAAUAUUGCUAUGACUAUGA